UAGAAAGAAGCCAUUUCGCUCCAAAGUCUCCAGAAUUUUCCUUCUCAUUCCCGGAAAAUUUCUACAGGUAUUUUCUGGGGAAAACGAAAAUUACGUCAAAUCUUCCGUAAACAUUACGCUAUUGCAUCGCGCAUCCGGAUUUUGAACUUUGACUAAAGAUCUUAAUUCUAAUUUCUUGUUCAGUUCCUUGGAUUUGCUCGAUUUCGGAAGAGAACGAAGAAGAUAGUAUGGAAACUCCGAAGAUCGUAGUAACGAGUGAAGAUUGGGAAUCGAAGCUAAGUGAUGUGGAAAUUUUGAUAGAAGACAUGAACAGACUCGUGAUGAAUCUUCUUGUGGCUGAAGGAUAUAGAGAAGCUGCUGAGAAAUUCAAAGAGGAGUCUAUAACUAUGCCAGAGGAAGAUCUUGCUAGCAUGAAUGAGCGAUUGGAGGUGAUAAAAGCUAUCGAAUCCCGAAAUCUCGAGGAUGCAAUUGAGAAGUUGAAUGCACUAAACCCUGAGAUUAUCAAAACAAGUUUUCACCUCCACCAGCAAAUGUUGAUCGAGUUGAUCCGUGAGAAGAAGACCGAGGAGGCUGUUGCGUUUGCACAGGAAAAACUCGCGCCACUAGCUGAGGAGAAUGAGGCCUUACAAAGAGAACUGGAAAAAACAGUGUGUAUACUCGUUACUGAAGGUCUCCCUAACUGCCCGUCCAGGGAGCUUUUCCACAACUCGCAGUGGAUUAGGACUGCUAGCCACGUAAACGAAGCAAUCCAUACAAGCCAGACUGGAGAAAAAGGUCCUGAAUUGGAGCGCUUGUUGAAGGAGCUGAUUUGGACUCAGAAUCAACUGGAUGAAAAAACAGUCUAUGUGUAUCCACGCAUGAAUGAUUUUUCCACUGGCCAGCUCAUAUACCGACCAGAAUGAUUCUUCUUCCCUUUCAACAACUAACGGCUCUGCAAAAGGGAACAUAUAUAGUGAUAUAUAACUGAUCUGUCGCAAGAACAUGAUGACCAUUUCUUCCUAGUGAGUAUUUUGAGUGAGGGGGGAGUUUUUAGCCUUGCUCUUAUGAUUUAGGGAUUUUCUUAUUCAUGACAAUAUUGGACCCCUAGGUAGUACUAAUAACAAGAGAGGGUUUUUGUUUUCAAAUGUUGGUUUACUGGUUAGGCUUUUAUUCUCCACCAUGGUAUGGUUCCUAUAAAGCUACAUAAGAAUUCAUUUUGAAGUUUGUUUGGUGUGUGACCGAAGAACCAAAAAAAA